AUGGCGAGUUCUGACGAUGAAGAAGAUUUGGUAGUAGUUGUAACAACAUCCACAACAACACUAGUUGCUGUUUAUUACCAAUAUUUUGUGGAGAAAACAAUAUGCCAUGAUUCAAUUCUUAGUGGUGAAGAUCAUGUAGAUGAAGUCUUAAAUGGUCAUGAUGCACGAUGUCAGGAUAGUUUUCGUAUGGAAAAACAUGUUUUCUUAAGAUUAUGUGAUAUGUUGAAAGAAAAGGAGUUACUUCGUCAUAAUAAUGGAGUUCGUGUUGAAGAAAAAGUAGCAAUUUUUAUGCUUGUUGUUGGACAUAAUGAACGUAACAGGAUACUUCAAGAGCGUUUUCAGCAUUCAGGUGAGACAAUUAGUAGACAUUUUAAUGCAGUCUUGGAUUCUAUUGUUGCAUUGGCAGAUGAUUUUCUUGUACCAGCAGGGCCUGAUACCCCCACUGAAAUCUUAGAAAACCCAAGAUUUUAUCCAUACUUCAAGGAUUGUAUAGGAUCCAUUGAUGGAACACAAAUACCAGCAAUGGUUGGUCUCGACGAACAAGUCCCUUUUUGGUGCAGAAAAGGGUUCAUUUCGCAAAAUGUUUUAGUAGCUUGUUCCUUUGACUUACAGUUUCAGUAUGUUCUAGCUGGUUGGGAAGGAUCGGCUGCUGAUUCACGCAUACUAGAUUCAUCUCUAACAAGAUGCCAUAGAUUAAUUGUGCCAGAAGUGGUAUUCCGAGACCCACUUAAUCUCAUUUGUGAAUCCAUUUCAUUGAUACUCAUGGGUGGCUCUCAGAAAAGAGCUAAUAAAUCAUGGGUGGCUCUCAGUUCAGUGGUCUUCCAAAUGCACUGCAUUGCAAUAGCUGCCAUUCCUAUUCCUACUGUUGCAGGGAAAAUUGUACAAUGUAAAUUUUAUCUCGCUGAUGCAGGAUUCGCCAAUAUGCCGCAGUUUAUUACUCCAUAUCGUGGUGUCCGUUAUCACUUGAAGGAAUUUGGUGGAAAUCGUCCAAAAUGUGCAAAGGAAUUAUUCAAUCUCCGACAUGCAUCGUUACGGAAUGCAAUUGAACGUGCUAUCGGUAUACUUAAAAGACGCUUCACUAUUUUGCAACUGCAGCCUCAAUAUCCAUUCGAAUCGCAAGUGAAAAUUGUACUUGCGUGUUGCAUCCUUCAUAACCACAUCCGCAGAGAGUGCAUUAAUGACUUGAUUUUCGAUGAUGAGAACUUACAAAACCUACUAGAAACCGAUCCAAGAAUGCAACAAGACAGUGAAUGCCCUACACUUGGGAGAAAUAGACAACGAGAAGUAGCUUCAGAACUUCGAACUUCAAUCGCAGAUGCAAUGUGGAAUGAUUAUCAGUGUCGCCGCCGCGGCUAA